AUGAGCAGCACGAGCGGCGGGAGCGACGACGGCGACAGAGGCGGCGGCGGCGGCGGCGGCGACGGCGCGACGCCAAAGUCAGAGAAGAAGAAGCGCUCGGGCGCGGCGAAGAAGCACGCGCGCAAGCUGAAGAACGCGACGCAGAUGGCGGAGCUCAGAGAAAAGAUGCGCGUCGCGCGCGAGAGCAAAGCCGCGUCCUCCGCGGCGGCGACGGCGGCGACCGCGGCGGCGACCGCGGGCGCCGCCGACGCCGACGCUGACGACGCGCGGGGUUUGGCGUCGGCGUCGGCGCCGCCGCCGCCGCCGCCGCCGCCGCCGCCCGCGUCGUCGUCGUCGUCCGCCUUCGCCCCGGGUGCGAUCCUCGUCGCCGCGGACAAGGCGUACUUGGAGGGCGACCUCGACCGCGCGGCGACGCUGUACGAGGGCGCCGCCGCGGACGACGGCUCCGGGUUCGCGCCGCUGGCGUCGAUGCGAGUCCACGCCGGGGAUUUAUCCGGCGCGCUGGAUGUCCUGCGCGCGGCGGCGGCGGCGGCGGCGAACGCGAAGGACGCGUCGAGAACAUCAUUCGACGCCGACGCUGCGCGGAGGCUCGCGAUGGACCUCGCCGAGCUGUGCGCCGCGGCGGCGUCGGCGUCGAGCGCGUCGGCGCCGCCCGCCGCGCUGUCGUUCGCGACGCCGACGGGGACGCGUCGGAAGGCGUUGACGAGCUCCGCCGCCGCGCGCGUCUCCGCGGCGGCGUCGAAGCAACUCGCGGCGGGCUUGUUCCUCCGCGCGCACGCGAAGGGGGACGUGAACGCGCUGAUCCGAGCGUCGGAGACGAUCGCGUACGGCGGCGAGGGGGACGACACGUCGCCGCGCGCGGACGCGGACGGAUGGCGGCGCGCGGCGAGGAUGGCGUGCGCAGCCGGGCGAGCGCUCGGGGAAUGGAAAUCGCAAACGCCCGCGAACGACGACGACGCAAGGCCGCGGAACGACGACGACGCGCGGCGGCGCGCGGCGAAGGCUGCGUUCGCGGUGGCGGCGGGGCACCUCGUCGCGCGCGCGCGCGCCGUCGGCGACGACGUCGCGCGCAUCGCGGACGUCGCCGCGGAGGCGGCGUGGUGUUUAGGCGAGAAGGACGUCGCGGGCGCGUCGGUUGACGUUUUAUCUUCCGUCGGCGGCGCGGCUAGGGAACCCCGCGCGUUGGUCGUGAACGCGUGCGCGGCGGCGUGCGCGGACGUCGUCGAGAACGUCGCGGCGUCCAAGAAGAUAUGCGUCGACGGUGCCGACGAUUCGAAUCCUCCUUUGGGUGCCGAGGGUGCCGAGGGUUUAGGUGAUGUCGACGUGGACAAAUCAGAUGCGUCUUCCGCGGCUGUCGUCGUGAACGCGAUAUCGACGCUGAUCGCCGUCGCGCGAUCCGCGGUGACGUCGCUCCCUUCAGACGCGUCGGACGACGCGAGAGAGACGACCGCGGCGGACGUUCUCGGCGACGACACCGCGCGCGUGUGCAAGGCGCUGUGGGCGAGCCGGUGCCGGGACAUGCACGCGAUGCACGCGAAGACGCACGCGAGCGACCUCGUCGAGCGGCGCACGCGGACGAUCGAGUCCAAGUCCGAGGCCAAGUCCGCCAAAUCCGCUAAGAACGGCCCUAAAUCCGAAUCCGAGUCGAAGACGCGCGACGACGCGUCCGACGACGCGUCCGACGACGCGUCCGACGACGCGUCCGACGACGCCGACGACGCGUCCUCAGGCUCCGCGGACGAGCGCCUCGAGGCGUCGUCGCGGGCGGACUUGAACCUCGCGCGCGCGGCGAUCGCACUCGCGGCGUGCCACCCGAACGACCCCGCGGUGUACGCGCACUGCCUCGCGUCGUGCGCGUCCAUCCCGGAGCCGUCCGCGGAGACGGCGGAGGCGUUCGAGGCGUUGACGCCGCCGGACGCCGGCGCGGCGAUUCUCAAGCCGCUGCGCGCGUUUCGAGCGCGCGCGGAGUCUGCGGCGCACUCGCCGCCCGCGUCGCCCAGGGACUCGGGCGCGGGCGCGGCGCUCUUAUCGCAGCUCGAUCAAGCGCGCGAUCAGUACGUCGGCUUGAUUUUCGACGAGCUCAUGAACGUCGCCGUCGGCGGCGCCGCCGCCGUCGCCGCCGCGCGCGCGGCGGUCCCGCCCGGGCCGAUCGCCCGCGCGAUCAACCGUAACGCAGGUAAACCGGCCGUUUCGUUUUCAUCCCUGGACGAGGACACGAUGACGACCUCAUCCCCCGCGAAAGCGUGGUGCUCCGGCGGCGUCGUGCCGUACUACGCCACGUGCGUCCGCGAUCCGUUCGCGGCGAACGCGUCGGUGGAUCCGACGCCGCGGCUGCUCGGUCUCGUCCCGGACGCGAUGUCCACGCCGCCGGCGAUGCGAAGGGUGUCUCUCGGGGAUUUACCCCCGGGGUCGUUGUCCGCGAUGGAGGCGCGGGGGCAGGCGGGCGCGGCGGUUGACGGUUCAUCUUCCGUCGGCGGCGCGUUCGGGUCUCCGACGCCGACGCCGGCGGCGGACCCGGACCCGGACCCGGCGGCGACCUCAGCGUCCGAGGAGGAUAACUACAGCGACGAGAGCUUCGGCGCGUCCUCGAACGCGGCGGCGGCGGCGAACGGCGGUACUACGACAACUCGUGGUGGACGCGGCGGCGUCGCGGUCACGACGCUGAUCCUCCCGUCUUCCGACGCGUCGGACGCGGAGCCGCGGGAGUAUCAGAAGACCCCGGAGCCGGUCGCGGACGAAGCGUUCUCGCUGGCGACGACGGCGCUCGAGACGUCUGGUUCUGCUUCGUCCGACGAUAGCCUCGCCGCGAUCGAGGACGCGCUGCGACGAAGCAUCGCCCGCGACGACGACGACGACGCCGAUGGGGACGCCGAGAGCGACGUCAGCGGCGGCAGCGCGAGCGGCGACGAGGACGGCGCGAAAGGAAACGCGGCGGCGACGGCGGCGGCGACGACGACGACGACGACGACGGUCGCCGCCUCCGGGCUCGACGUCAGCCGCACGUCGUCGAUGGACUCCGAGGUCGCCGCCGCCGUGGACGCGACGAGAGCCGCCGCGGCUAAAGCGGCGGUCGCGAACGCCAUGGCGGGCGCGUACGACGCGCCGAUGAUGACUCGACCCGGUCGCGCGCGCGGCGGCGGCGGCGGAUCGGCGGGAAAGUCGGCGGUGGGGGCGCGCGCGGGUCACGCCGAGGGGUCCUUCUCCGCGGCGGCGGCGGCGACGGCGGCAGCGGCGGCGGCGGCGGGAGAUGUAUUACCCUCCCGCGUCACGCCUCUGCUCACGCGGUACGAUAAGCAGGUGUACGGCGACCGGAGAGCGGGCGGCGCGCGCGCGAUGGGGGGCGGCGCCGGCGGCGCCGGCGGCGGAACGCAUUUGCGUUUGCUGACGCGCGAAGGGAUGCGACGCGCCGCCGCGGAGGCGGCGAAAGCGGCGGCGCUCGCCGCGGACGCCGCCGCGAAGGCGCAGCAGAACGCAAAUGAGUGGAGAAGCGCUGAAAACCCGAACUCGAAAGUAACGCCUGGCGUGGGGGCGUUACGCGCGAUGAACGCGGACGUCCAGGCGGUCAUCGAAGCCGCCGUCGCCGCGGCGACGCGAGACGCGGAGACUCGCCUCGCGGCGACGCUCGAAGCCGCGCUCGCGAAGAUCCGCGAGGACGACGCCGCGUCCUCCGGGGCAGCGAACAGCGGGGAUGAUGUUACUGGCGAGAAGAAGGAGAAGGAGAAGAAGAAGAAUACCUUGACGGCGGACGGCGUAACGGACGACAACGGGGCGUUACUUUUUACGAUCGACGCGGCGAUCGCCCGCCACCCCGGAUUACGCCCGUCGUCGCCCAUUCGCACCGAGUCGGUCGAAGACGCCGCCGCCGCCGCAGCGCUGGAGGCGUCCAAAGCCGGCCCGGACGCGCAGUCGAUGUACUACAGCUCCUACAACGUCGCGCUGGACGCCGCGACGACGACGACGGCGACGACGGCGGCGGCCGCGUCCGACGCCGCGCGCGUCGUCCGCGUCCGCGUCGGAGAGAAGGGCCCACAACCUUUUCCGACGGCGGCGGCGGCGUCGGCGGCGGCGGUCGCGUCGUCGAUGGCGUCCGCGGGCGCGGCGGGGAGAGCGGCGAGCCGCGCGCGCGCGGAGCGGAUGCUCGAGCGGCGAAGACGCGUCGCGAACGCGGGGAGGAACGGACGGCCGGAGUUGUCUCACUUUUUAGGCGGCGACGACGACGCGCGGCGGCUCGCGUCCGUCGUCGACGCGGAGCUCGCGGAGAGGCAGAUGCGCGCGCUGUUAAAAGACGAAGAUAAAGACAAGGGAGGAAAAGAAGGUAACAACAGUGGUGGUAACGGUCCAUCGGAAGGCGUUUCGACCACCUCGAAGAGCUUCACCGAACGACGGGCGCCUCCCUCCCCCCGGGAGUUUGGGAUAUUCGCCGACUUGGCGUCUGAGAAGUCGUCCGGCGCCGCCGUCCUCCGCGCGAGCGACGCGCGACGGUCGCGUCCGAAACCGCCGCUCUCCGCGCGUUCAUCCGUGAACUCCCAGCUCGGCGGCGGCAGCGGAAAAGGGUUAUGGGCCCGGAGCAGCCUGAACGACACCGUCGACGCGGCGUGGGAUAAAUUCGACGACUCCGUCGACGUCCGCGCGUCGCGACUCGACGCGUUGCUCGACACGUCGGACGCGCAAGAAGACGCUGUCCUCGCCGCGGAGGCGGCCGCGGCGGAGGCUGAGGCCGCGGCGAUGGCGGACCCGAUCAAGGACGCGAUCGACGCGAUCGCGGUCGCGGCGUCGCGAGCCGCGGUGACGACGCCGCGGGCGCCGGCGGAUCCGUUCCCGUACUUGCUUCCGUGGGUGCAGAAGAGAGCCCGCGCGCUGUCGCAGCUCUGGUCGCAAGCGUCGCAUCCGUCGCGGCGGUCCGCGGUCGCGGCGGCGGCGGGGAUGGUCCGAGGAGGGUCGACAGGGUCGCCCUCGUCGGCGCUCAAACAGAAGCCGACGCGCGGGGACGUGCUCGAUCGCGCGGAGCUCGCUCGGUUCACGCGGCUCUUGUUACCCCCCGAGGCGGACGCCGCGCGGUCGCUCUGGUACAUGCACGCGUGCGUGUCCACCGAGUGCGGCCCCGAGGUGUCGCUUUCGGACUUCACGCGGCAGGUCAAGGAGGGCGCGAAAGCCGGCGCCGCCGCGGAGGCGUCGGUAACGCUCGAAGAGGAUGCGUUUACGCGCGCGCACGAGGAGUUCGAGUACGACGUCGUCCGCGUGUCGGAAUGUACGGAACCGACCGGAACCCUAAACCCCGGGGAAUCGUCGUCGGGGUCGCCGUUCGCGACGCCGACGAAAAUGGGGACCCCGUCGUCGGCGAGAAAACGAAAACCGUCGUCGGGCAUGUCGACGACGCCGGGACGCGCGGGCGGGCUCGCCCCCGGCGGCGGCUUCGGCCAAGGCUUUCGAACGCCGCACGACGCGACGCUCGCGCGCGUCGCCGCCGCGGUCGACGUCGACGUCGGCGCGAUCAAACGCCGGUUUCACCGCGGCGGCGUCCACGGCCCUUUCUGCCUCUCCCCCGAGGAGCUCUCCGCGACGCUCCUCGAGCAGAGCUUCCCCGCCGCGGACGUCCGCGCGGUCCUCGCGGAGCUUCGCGUCUGGGAAGGGUACCCGUCGAAGAUUCGAUUCGCGAAGUUUCGAGCGAUGCUUCGGCCGCGGCGGGACCGCGUCAAGGAGCGCGCGAUGAAGGCGCGCGACGCGGGCGCGGAGGCGCGGCGAGCCGCGGAGGAGGACGUGGCGAACGGCGUCCCGCUGACGAUUCCGACGGGGGGUGGGGGCGCGGCCGCGGGGGGCGACGUCUCGGUCGAUUUCGAGGCAGCGACGCCGAAGGCGGCGGCGGCGGCGGCGGCGACGGAUAAGGAGGACGUCGAAGCACUCGAACCGCCGCGCGCGCCGGGCGAGGACGGAACGCGAAUCGACGCCGACGACGCCGCGGACGCCGACGUCGCCGCGGAGACGGAAAAGGCGAAGGCGACGGCGCGCGACGCGUUAAGCGCGCUCGAGGCUGAGGCGCGCGAGUGCCUCACCGCGGACGUCCCCAGGGAGAGAGAAGACGUCGCGAGGGACGAGACGCGCGCGCGGCGCGUCCGCGACGUCGUCGAGGGACCUUCUUCGCCCGACGCGGCGGCGGCGACGCGGGAGGAGACGAUCGCGUACGCGCGACGACUCGCGGCGCGAUUGCCGCCGCCAGCGUCGUUGACGGUGCCGUCGAGGGACGAAUCCCUCGACGUCGAGGCACUCGAGCCGCCGAACGCGGCGAAGACGCCGGAACUGGAGCCGGACGCCGCGUUCGGCGCCGCGGUCGCUGCUGAGCGGUCGCGGUCUCGAGAUCCAGCGAUCCAGCCGCCCGCGGACGACGACGACGACGAAGCGUAUGGGAACCAGUCUGACGAAGCGUCAGAGGCGCUGGAGUACGACAGCGACAGCGAGCCGUUGGAGGACGACGCGUUGGACGCCGCCGUCGCCGCGGUGGCGUCGCACUUGGGGGUGCCGAAGGGUGCCAACGAGAGCGCUGACGUGGACCAAUCAGAAGACGUAGACGACGAUGACCUGUCGCUCUCCGCGUCGGCGAGCCCGCCGGGGAGCGGUUCGGGCUCGGGCUCGGGAGGAGGGAGCGCCAAGCUCCGAGCCGCGCGCGACGCCAAACUCGAAGCGUCCCGCUCGCCGUUUUCGCGACGGACGGAACGGAACGCGUCGGAGGCGGCGGCGGCGGUCGCCGCCGCCGCCGCAGCGACGGUUGACGUUCCAUCUUCCUCCGCUUCCGAACGCGAACGCGACUGGCUCGCGCGCGCGACGCCGGAGGAACGCGCGGCGCUGGCGCUCCCGGAUCGCCGCCCGGCGCGAAACGUCGUCGCCGCCGCGCCGGGGCCGGGGCCGGGGCCAGGGCCGGGGCGGGGCGGCCGCGACGCGCAGCAGCGCGCGACGGAGGCGGACCGCCUGCGGAAAGCCGCCGCGGGCGUCGUCUUGGACGGCUUCAAGGAGGUCAACUCGGAGCUCGCGAGGCUCGAACGCGACGCGGACGCGCUCGAGGAGGAUUUGGAGAAGAGCGCGGCGACGAUGGCGGCGAUCGAGAGCGCGAGGGACGCGAGCGCGACGUCGCACAUGCGACGGCUCGCGACGCAGGCGAGAGCGCUGCGGGAGAAGGUGGAGGAGGAGGACGCGGCUGGGGACGCGGCGCGCGCGUUUUUGGAGCGCGAGCGAGGGCGGCGAUGA